UCCUCGCCGUUUGCAAACUUGAACUUUAGUCGCUUGCAGACCCCUGUCGCUGCAAAUCAACAUCAGUCGCGUGAGCGUAUAAAUCCUGACGCCUUACGCAGUCGCCGAAGACUGAAUGCAUUCGACAGUGACAAUUCAGCGAGUGAAUUUGAGCACGCUUCGGCUGCCGAGCAGCAUGUUGCAAAGCGCAGCCGACUCGCGUCGACAAGUGCCGGUGUGAACGCCACUACCAGUUCUUCCACGACAGAACCGGUUUUGACGAGCAGCUCUUCUUUGGCGGCUCAAAGUCUUGUUAAUUUGGAUAAUGGCACUGAUUGCAAUCAGACAAGCUCAGACUCUGUCGCACGCAAUGCCAGCGAUGAUCACGAGCCGGACGCUGUUGGACGCUAUUGCAAUCCACCGAUUGACGAAGUGAAAAAUCGGCUUGGCUCUCUGAAUGUGGAUUUAUUCUUGAACACGUUGGAUGAAGCUGCUUGA